GAUGUCCCCGUCCUCUGUAUUCCCAGGAUUGUACAGAGGAGAAUCACAGGAUCCCACAGGAGGAUCAGGUAGAACAUCUGUCUGAUAUUAAAACAGAAGAUAUAGAGGGAGAAGAAAAGACAUAUGUGACUGAUAUGAAGGAAGAAGAUACAGAGGGAGAAGAAGAGACAUAUGUGAGGGGUGAUCAGCAGUGUAAGGAGGAGGAGAUCCCUACAGAUAUCAGCACAGAUGGACACACAAGCAGGAAUAUCUCAGAAGGACAUCUAAUGUUAUCCCCGGAUUGUGACAUAAAAGAUAAUGACAGUAGACAGGAUUCUCCAGGAGCUAACCGCAUUACGCCAAUUAUACAUCCAGCUCUAUCAGCUGAUCCCUGUGAUUCUGGGAAAUGUUCUCCUGAUCACUCUGAUAUUGGUGCAUCUGUUACAGCUCUGACAGUAGAUACAGUGUUUCCCUGUUCUGUAGAUGCCAAAUGUUUUACACAGAACACAAAGCAUAUUAAUCCACAGACAUGUAAGGCAGGUGAGAGGCCACUGAUAUGUUCUGAGUGUGGGAAAUGUUUUAAAUACAAAUCAGAUCUUGUUGUACAUCAGAGGAGUCAUACAGGUGAGAAGCCAUUUCCAUGUUCUGAGUGUGGGAAAUGUUUUGCACGGAAAUCAGAUCUUGUUAUACAUAAGAGAAGUCACACAGGUGUGAAGCCAUUUUCUUGCUCUGAGUGUGGGAAAUGUUUUGCAUGGAAAUCACAUCUUGUUACACAUCAGCAAAUUUACACAGGUGAGAAUCUGUUUUCUUGCUCUGAGUGUACGAAAUGUUUUACACGGAAAUCAGUUCUUAUUACACAUCAGCGAAGUCACACAGGUGAGAAGCCAUUUCCAUGUUCUGAGUGUGGGAAAUGUUGUACACAGAAAUCAGAUCUUGUUAAACAUCAGAGAAGUCACACAGGUGAGAAGCCAUUUCCAUGUUCUGAGUGUGGGAAAUGUUUUACACAGAAAUCAGAUCUUGUUAGACAUCAGAGAAAUCACACAGGUGAGAAGCAAUUUUCUUGCUCUGAGUGUGGGAAAUGUUGUGUAAGUAAAUCACAACUUGUUACACAUCAGAGAAGUCACACAGGUGUGAAGCCAUUUUCUUGCUCUGAGUGUGGGAAAUGUUUUACACAGAAAUCACAACUUGUUACGCAUCAGAGAAGUCACACAGGUGAGAAACCAUUUCCAUGUUUUGAGUGUGGGAAAUAUUUUGCACGGAAAUCAGUUCUUUUUAUACAUCAUAGAAGUCACACAGGUGAGAAACCAUUUCCAUGUUUUGAGUGUGGAAAAUGUUUUGCACGGAAAUCAGCUCUUGUUACACAUCAGAGAAGUCACACAAGUGAGAAGCCAUUUCCAUACUCUGAGAAAUAAGCUUUUGUUCCACACAAUAGACUUAAUUCAGGUGAGAAACCAUUUUAAUCUUCUGGAGUAUACUUAUCAUUGCCAUGUAAUGUUCCUCAAGAUUCUGUCCUAUCUCUUAGGCUUUUGCAAUAUACAUACAACAGGUCCUUCUGAUAGAAGCUCACCAACAAAGGGCAGGGCUACAGCUCAGCUUUGCAAACCAACCAGACUUAAGCUUGGGGGUUCAGAGUAACAAAAUGCUGAUCAUGUGCGGAAUCUUGGGGAUAAAUUUACUAAGAUGGGAGUUCUAUUUUAGAUGGGAUGUUGCCAAUAGCAACCAAUCAGAUUUCAGGUAUUAUCUUCUAGAAGGUGCUAGAUAAAUGAGAAGUAAAAUCUGAUUGGUUGCCAUGGGCAACAUCCCAUCUUAAAUAGAACUCCCAUCUUAGUAAAUUUACCUCUUGGUGUCCUGGAUGGUGGAGUGACACUUGGGGGGUAUUCAACUGUUUGAAAAGUCAGGUGUUUGUUUUUUCCUAUCUACUAGACUGGAAAAAACACCCCCAACCGACUUUUCAAACAAUUGACUUCCACGCUUACACAUCAGGUAUCAGCCACAAUCAGAUCCUCAUCUGAGGAACAUAGCCAGACUCCAGCACUUAUUUCCCUCAGAUGAUCUACCUACAGUCAUACAUGCACUUGUAUCAUCACACAUAGACUACUGCAAUGUCCUCUACCUGGGUCUCCCAGCAAUAGAAUUGCACCGCUUGUAGCUUGUACAGAAUGCAGCAGCCAGGCUGUUACCUAACCACACGUUCCUGCCACAUAACAUCCAUUCUCUGCUCCCUGCACCGGCUGCCUGUAAGAUGGUGACUAUUACAUAAUCUCACUGACUCUCCCAGCCCUACAUGACCAGGGUCCAUGUACCAGAAGCAGCGCCCUGUUUGGUUUCAUCUGCAGAUGAAGGACUGUAACCAGCAGUAUCAAUUCCCCAAGCAGCACUGAGGUGUCAGGGGAGACAGGGUAGGCGGCACCUUUGCAGUAGUGGGGGCUGCUGGAGCAGGGUCUACAUAGGUAAUAUUGUCUCCAAGCAGCGCUGAGGUGUCAGGGGAGACAGGGCGGAUGGCUGCAGUGCGGUACCAGGAGCUGCUGGAAGAAGUGUCUAUGUGGGUAAUCAUGUCCCCAAGAAGCGGUAAGGUGUGAGAGCGGGUGGCAGUA